GCAACAUUUUGACAUCAAGAUGGCGGGCGAGACGGAUGUGUAUGAAGUUCCAACCUAUGCAAAAUGUAUAGAAGACAUUUAUGUAUCGAUAUCAAAGUAUGUUAGGGAAUCAGAAGCAGGUACUUUUGGUCCCACAGGUUUCUAUAAUCAAUUAGAAGAAUAUGGAUACUUUCCUAUGCGAGAUUUUGCUGUUGUUGGAGGACUGGCGGUUUUGUGGACAAUCAUCCGGUACAUUCUCACUGAAAACGUCUUCUUGCCUUUAGGCAAAUAUACACAGAUGAGUAUGCUCAACCAGAAGAAAUUCCCAGAGUCUGCUUUCAAACUUAUCUUCUAUGUUUGUACAUGGACCUUAAGUACAUAUAUGCUCUUCAUAAAAGAAGACAAAUAUACAUUCUUUGAGAGGCCUCUGGAUCUCUGGAAAGACUGGUCACCUGGCAUGUUUGUACCAUGGGAUAUGUAUGCCUUGUACAUGGUACAGUGUAGUUUCUACCUCCACUCUGUAUAUGGAACACUCUACAUGGACCAAUGGAGGAAAGAUUCCAUAGUGAUGAUGUUCCACCAUUUCCUUACUCUGUCUCUUAUAGGAUUCUCAUAUGCGGCGAGGUUCCACAAGAUAGGCGUCCUGGUUCUGUUUGUUCAUGACAUCACAGACAUCUGCCUCGAGUUCACCAAGUGCAACGUCUACCUAAAGACGAGGGGUGGAAAAAUACACAAGUUGAAUGACCACCUGACCACUAUAGGAUUCCUGUUUUUCGCUGGCACCUGGUACGUGUUCCGUCUCUAUUGGUUCCCUCUGAAGAUUCUUCACUCUGCCAGCCUGGGAGUUAUCACUAACGCACCCAAUGGAAGAAUUCCAUUCCUUUUCUUCUUCAAUGUCCUACUGUGGGUACUUCAAAUACUCAAUAUCUAUUGGUUCACGUUUAUUGUCAACUUCCUGUAUAAAGUGGCAACUGGUCAAGUUAAGGAAGUGGAUGAUAUGAGAGAGUACGAAGUAGAAAAGAAAUUGCUUGACACAAAAUCAGGCAAACCAGAGAAGAAUGGUGUUGCAGAGAGCAAUGGCGUUGGAUCACACGGUGAUAUACCCAAUGGAAAUGGAACCCCACGGCGGUCAGCACGUCAACGUAAAACUGAUUAGGAAAUUGAUUGAUGCUUUCCUUUAAGAUUCACUGUUUUUAUGAUACCAUUCUCUCAAUAAACCAUGAGUAGGAAUAUGGUAAAAUGUCUCAAGUGACCCACAUUUAACUGACCCACCUCUAUCAGAAACAUACUAUGGCAUACCACAUAUUUGACAUCGCACACCACAUUUGAGAGAUGCCACACCACAUGUUAAAAAUGACACACCACAUGUCAAGAACAACAUGAUACUAAAGUAUAUAUGUCGUGCCUGAUUUUCCAUGUGAAGGGAAACUGAUGGAUAAUUUUAACCUACUGUAAGACAUAUAUUGGAUAAUCAACUAGUCUCUGUUAGAUAUGCACCUGAUCUGCAUAUAAGGGAAUGUAAUUAUUCAGCUAGUAAUUUGGAAUUGAAUGUUAUAGUGUUCAUAUUGUAAAUUCCAUAUUCUUUGUAAAUAGAGAACACUUCAACUUGUAAUUUACUUGACAUCAUAACAUGGAGUUGUAAGUUGACAUCAAACUUGAGUUUUAAUUGAUGUCAGUUUAUGAGCUACCAUAUUAACUCAACUGAAUGUAGAUUCUAAUUGACACUAUUGAUUAACUUAUGUCAUCUUUGUUUGAAUCACUUCUUAAUCAUUAAUUUGCACGGUAGAUAUUAGAUUUCACACUGUCAAUGAACAUUUUUAUUGUCCACCUUAGACCCCCCCCCUCCCAGAUAUUUACGCGCAAUGAAAUGUCACUAUGGUUUCACGGAAUCUCAUACAAUAUUGGCAUACGGCAUAAAAAGGUUCCUCCUUUUAUAUUGCAAAUUAAAGUACAUGUACCAGCAAAUGGUGCAGAACUUUUAGAUCAACCCCCGUACAAGGCUACACAUGUUUCCUGAAAGAGGGGAAGGAUAAGUGUACCACCAUAAGCACAAUGCUUGAAUCAAGAUUGAAAAUAGGAUACC